AUGGGACUUGGUGCACAUUUCUGCACAAACGAUGCACAAACGUUUGGUUUCAUCAGAAAUUCAAAUUUCGAAAGUGGGGGGGCCAUUGAAAUGGACCUAACCUAUCGUGAUUGUUCUGGUCGAUUUGUGGUUCCACUUCCAUUUCGUACCCCACCGACUCCUUAUACCUUCAACGGCUCUCGUAAAUUGGCUCUUACUCGGUUUGAGCAUCUAGAACGCAAACUGGUGCGGGAUGACGCCUUGUAUUCAGUGUAUAAGCAGUUUAUGGCAGAUUAUGAAUCACUUGGCCACAUGUCGAUUGCUAAGUUUCCUGGUACGUAUUUCUUACCUCAUCAUGCAGUUCACAAAAUGGAAGGUGACAACGUUAAGCUCAGAGUUGUGUUUGAUGCGUCAGCUCGACCACCAUCAAACCCCUCUCUCAAUGACACUCUGGUUGUGGGCCCCAAGCUUCAACAAGAUAUAGUGAAUAUUCUGCUUCGGUUCCGUCUUCAUUCAGUUGUCUUCACUGCUGACAUCUGUAAGAUGUACAGGCAGAUUUUGUUAGCUCCCAGGUAUCGUCAGUACCAACACAUUUUUUGGCGAGCUUCUCCACAUGAUCAGGUUCAAGAAUUCACGUACGGCGUUUCGUCAGCUCCCUAUCUAGCUCUAAGGGUGUUGAAGGAAAUAGCAAGUGUCGAUGGUCAUCAGUAUCCUUUGGUCCAGUCAGCUCUACUGUACCAAACCUAUAUGGAUGACAUAUGUACUGGUGCAGACUGCAUUAGUGAUGCCCAGGCUCUUCAAAGUGAGUUAAUUACAGUCCUUGGUCAGUUCGGCCUGGAAUUAAAGAAGUGGGCGAGCAAUUCAUCUCAAUUACUGAAUAAUAUACCGUCAGAAGACAGGGCAGUCGGCUCUCUUCCGUUCAACGACGACGGUUCACCACAAGUGCAAGUUCUAGGCAUGAAGUGGAAUCCCGAUGAUGACACCUUCAACUAUAACGUCAGUUCGACUAAGUUUGUGUCAUCUAAACGCAGUAUGUUAUCAAUUAUCGCUCGGAUCUUUGAUCCACUUGGACUUUUGUCUCCAGUAAUUUUUUAUGCUAAACAUCAACUGCAGUGCGUGUGGCAGGCCGGCGUUUCGUGGGAUGAACGGCUCCCAUCAGCAUUAGAAAAUUCUUGGAUGUCGUUUGUUAAGGAACUACAUUCUUUAUCUGCGAUUCGAGUACCGAGGUUCGUUGGUACUACUGAAGGUUCCCAAUACGAGUUGUGUGGUUUUGCAGAUGCGUCAACCAAAGGUUAUGCGGCUGUUGUUUAUUUGCGUGUGUCAGAUCGUCACCACCAAGUUUCAGUGUUUUUGCUAGGUAGUAAGACCAAAUUAGCCCCUACCAAACAUAUGUCCAUACCCCGUCUUGAGUUAUGUGCUGCUGGAUUACUUGCUCGAUGGUUAAGUCGUAUUCAGAACACCUUGUCAUCUCAGCUCGUUAUUGACAAUGUUUUCGCUUGGUCAGACUCGUCAGUGGUGUUGUCAUGGUUAAACACACCCCAUCAGUCUUAUAAGAUUUUUGUAUCGAAUCGUGUUAGCAAAAUUUUGGAUUUAUUACCGUCUUGUCGUUGGUUUCAUGUCAGUACGAAUAUGAAUCCAGCCGAUUGUGCCUCCAGAGGAUUACGCCCUGGGGAAUUGGCUCAGCAUGAUCUUUAUUGGUCGGGGCCUGCCUUUCUUCGCCAGUUCGGUGAAAGUUGGUCGCCAGAGGUUAAUCUGAUUCCGUUAGAUCAGUUACCUGAGGUCUCAGGACAUGCGUCCUAUGUUGUCGAUACAACGGGGGAGGCUGUUGAGUGGUUCUCGCGUUUUUCCUCGUUGAAUCGCAUGCUGAGAAUUGUUAUUCGUUUACAGCGUCUUGUAAAAUUGUGUCGCAAGGUCCCAGUAGAUACAAGUUUUUUUUCGUAUCAAGAUUAUAGCGACGCGCUAUUGGCAGUUGUUAAAUGCUCUCAAGCUAAAUUCUUGAAACCUUUGCUCCAAGAGCUCUCUUCUGGCAAAACUGUUUCUUCUCGCCCACUAGCGCGACUAUCUCCGUUUAUUGACAGUCAUGGCGUCAUUCGAGUAGGAGGUCGGCUUCGGCAUUCCUUGUUGUCAGAUCGGCGCAAGUAUCCCGUUUUGUUGUCCAAGUCCUCGCAUUUGUCGUUACUCGUUGCUCGGCAUUGGCAUAAGUUUGCUUGUCAUGCGGGUCCUCGUCUCAUGUCAGCUCUGAUAUGCAGACAAUUUUGGAUCGUUGGUGAUCGAUAUGUUAUUCGUCGUGCGAUCAGUGAAUGCACUAUUUGCGUUAGGUUAUCUGCUCGAAAUAAUCAACCAAUCAUGUAUCGAUUAUGCUGGUCCUCUUCUAGUAAAGGAGACGAGCUUGAGAAAGGCACGACAAUGUAA